ACCUUCCCUCCCUUCUUCACACAUAUCAUUACAAAGCUUCAAACACAUCUCUCUCUCUCUCUCUCUUUGAAACCCUAUUUUUCUCUACCUUUGAUUUGUUUCAUUCAGAUUUUUGCUUGCUGAGGAUGUUCUUUGCUGCUGCCUAGAAAGUGAGUCUCUCUCUCUCUCGGGUCGGAGCUUGCGAAGGGGAAAGGAAGAUGAUAGAGGACGUGAUUGGCGAUCCAGAACAAGUGCAACUUCCGAUCGAGGAACUUUCAAGCCCUCUGAGUGCUCAAUUACUGGAGUAUUGUGAGGCAGAGCUAUUAGGAAGCGAAAUCAUGCAGAGUUCUGAAACCACCUCAUGCUCAAAUCGUUGCUAUGAAGACAACACCUUCAGCACUCAUCUCUGCUUGCCCCCAGACACUGAAAACAUCAAUAAUUUUCAAGACAACAAUGGCAAUGGUCAUUUCAACAGCAACACAUUAAUGAUCACAACUCCAUCCACUAGCAAUAACAUCCCCACCAAUGUAGCUCACAACAACAAUUCCAAUUUCUCAACGCUCUUCGGUGAUUCCCCGGUCGAUGAAGUCGAUGACAUCUCUGCCUCAAUCGACUUCUCCACCUCCCCUCCCUUUUACGUCCCUCCAUUCUCCAGCACGGCUCAACAAGAGCAUCAAUUCGACUUCUCUCCGGCACAACCUCAAAUCCCGUUAACCGAUCACAUCAUCAACGGGGUUAUUUCCCCAUACCCACCGCCAUCGACCAACCAAGCAGGAGCAAUCUUAUGCCCGGCUCCGCCCCCGAUUGUUGAAAACUGCCUAUCUUCGAUCCCGUCUUACAUCCCUUUAAGCCGGCCAUUGCCUUCUUGCGCUUUUCUAGGCCCAAACAACUGUGGGACAUAUAGUAAUAAUGUACCUGGGAACUUAUGUGGCGACACUUCUGGGAUGUUCAUGGGAAGUCUUCUUGAACUCCAAGCACCAGAGCUGGAUUUUCGAGGAGAUAGCGCUGGGAUUUAUUACCCGAACCAAAACCCGCAGAUACUGAUCAAUCCGGGCGACAUGCAGGCACUUAAUAUUGAAAGUCAAAAGCUGAUUAAUGGCCCGGCAAGCUCUUCUUCACCAUUAGCGACAGAGGCUUCAAGCUUUGAGGACUCAGCAUAUAAAGUGGGGAAGCUCUCCAUUGAGGAAAGGAAAGAGAAGAUCCAUCGGUACAUGAAGAAAAGGAAUGAAAGGAACUUCAGCAAGAAAAUCAAGUAUGCUUGCCGCAAAACUCUAGCAGAUAGUCGUCCUCGGGUGAGAGGAAGAUUUGCGAAGAACGACGAGCUCGGAGAAGCAUCUAGGCCUUCUUCUAGCACUCAUGACGAUGAGGAGGAGGAUGAAGUUGCAGUGAAGGAGGAGGAGGAAGUGAUGGAUUCUUCAGAUAUCUUUGCUCAUAUCAGCGGCUUAAAUUCCUUCAAGUGCAACUAUCCGAUCCAAUCAUGGAUCGGACCAGCCUCAGGAUAUUGAUUGUGCCUGCAAUAAGCAAUUUUGGAAGACCCUGGUUCAAUCAGGAUCUGGCUUUUUCCAGGCUCAGGGAAGGAAAUGAGUGAGGUCUUGGUAGGAAGAUGUUAGUUUCAACUAGAAUAUAAUGUAAAAUUGCAAUGAGAACCUAGUUUGUUCUACUUUUUUCCCUUUCUUUGUUUGAUAUUGCAAAUGACAAUUUACAACGAGAAAAUCCAUAUGA